GCUCAUCAUCCCUACACUGCAUUCACAGAGCAGGCAGGGAGAUCAGGCUGGGUCCCUCUCCUGCAUCCAAACCUUGCUGGCCAGGGCACAAACACUGUAUCCAGCUCAAAACAAAGGGAUACACUGCAAGUAACUAGUAAUCUGCCUUCCCUGAGGCUGUCAUUCUCUAACCAUGUCCAACACCACUUAAUCUGCACUGAGGACAAGGCUGCAACCUGUUUACUCCAAGGAGGGAUUACAUUCAUUUGGGAUUAACAAGGAGAGGAGACAGGGAACAUACAUGGUUUCUCUACAGCAAGACACAGGAUUCUCUAUAGAAGAAGCAAAGAUUAAAUGAGCAACAAGGAACAAACCCAACAGUUUGUGCAGACAUUGGCACAGCUAGGGUGGAGCCCUGGGAUUUCUGUGACAUUGGGGACCUUAACUUUUACUUAACAGGCUGUGUAUCAGGGUGAGAGGGUGCAGAGUGAGUGCCAUUUGGAUUGAUUUCCUGGGCAUUGUAAAAAGCUGAAACCUGAUUCUGUUAGCUGUGUAAUUUAUUUAAAAGAAACUGCAAGGUGUCCAUUUGUUCUGCUGCUUUUGUCUGGCUCAGGUGGGGUCAGAUGACAUGCCUGAAACUCCCAAUGCAUUUUUCCUGUUUUAUUACAACUGUUAUUAUAGCUGAAGCUUUAUUGUAAUCAUGCAGAACAAACCCAGGCUGAUCAUUUCUGUGUUGUGUGCGUGCAUUUUAUUACUGCAUGCCCAGGAGCUGCAGGAUGGCACUAGGAAAAUUGAAGAUGUGGAUUCUAGCUCCGACUGGUGCCUUUCUCCUCAUUGCAUGGCUGGCAAAGUUUCCCCUAUAAGGAGAAGCACAGAGGUUGUUUAUACAGAGUCUGCCACUGGAAGGACUUUAAAUAAGCUACUGUGUAAAUGCAGGAUAACUGUGCCACAUGGGCUGUCCGACAGUCCUGCUGAGACUGAAUUUGUGUUGAGUGCAGAACUUCAACAAAAUGACACAAGUGCACCCAAAAUGCAAACUGGUGCUAUUCGCCAAACCAGGUCUUUCAGUGACACACCUGAGCAGGUGAGGCUUGGACAUGAGGAUGAACCCAUCUCUAGGGGCGCUAGAAGAAAAAGAGGCACUAAGGAAAAUUCUAGGACUAAAAAUAAAGAAGACCCAAGUGAUGAUGACAAUAGAUUAUUGAUGGAUUUAAAUUACACUUUGCAAAACCAGAACGCGGUCAAGGAGACAGAACCUCACUCUCUGGCCUUGAACCAUUCAGUCAACAUUGCCACCAAUGAUGUGAAGGUGUUUUCCGAUAAUAUGGAAAUUAAUCAAGCUUUGGUACCAAAAAAUACCUCAAACAAGCGACCGCACAUAAAAAACCCUUUUUAUCCAAUAACGGACGAUUCUUACGGUGCCUACGCAGUCAUGUGUCUGUCCAUUAUUAUAUUUGUUAUUGGGAUUAUGGGUAACAUGGCCGUUAUGUGUAUAGUCUGCCAUAAUUAUUACAUGAGAAGCAUAUCCAACUCACUCCUGGCAAAUCUGGCCUUCUGGGACUUUCUCAUCAUUUUCUUCUGCUUGCCUCUGGUGAUAUUUCACAAACUUACCAAGAAGUGGCUACUGGAAGAUUUCUCUUGCAAAAUUGUACCAUACAUUGAGGUUGCUUCCCUUGGGGUAACGACUUUCACAUUGUGCGCUCUGUGCAUCGACCGAUUCCGAGCUGCUACCAAUGUACAGAUGUAUUACGAAAUGAUUGAGAACUGCACAUCUACGACUGCCAAGCUUGCUGUGAUAUGGGUGGGUGCCCUCCUUCUAGCAUUGCCUGAAGUUGUCCUUCGUCAGUUAUCGAAGGACGAGUCGGCACUCAAUUCCAAUACCCUGAGUGAGCGCUGUGUCGUUAAAAUCUCCACGGAUCUUCCUGAUACCAUUUACGUUCUAGCUCUCACUUAUGAUGGUGCGAGGCUUUGGUGGUACUUUGGAUGUUAUUUUUGUUUACCCACUCUUUUCACAAUAACCUGCUCCCUAGUGACAGCGAGAAAGAUAAGGAAAGCAGAGAAAGCUUGCACAAGAGGAAACAAAAGGCAGAUCCAGCUUGAAAGUCAGAUGAACUGCACAGUCGUAGCUUUGACCAUCUUGUACGGCUUUUGCAUUAUACCUGAAAAUAUCUGUAACAUCGUAACAGCUUACAUGUCCACUGGGGUCACCAGGCAGACUUUAGAUCUUCUUCAUCUCAUUAGUCAGUUUCUUUUGUUUUUUAAAUCAUGUGUUACCCCGGUUCUGCUCUUUUGCCUUUGCAAGCCUUUCAGUAGAGCGUUCGUGGAAUGCUGUUGUUGCUGUUGUGAUGAAUGCAUUCAGAAGUCCUCAACUGCAACCAGUGAUGACAAUGACAAUGAAUAUACAACAGAACUAGAACUUUCCCCUUUCAGUACGAUACGUCGUGAAAUGUCCACGUUUGCCUCUGUUGGUACCCAUUGUUGAAAAUCUAAUUUUCAAUAUACUCGUGAACCACUCUGUCACAUACAUUUGAAAUGUAUUAGUUCACAUUUUUAUUAUUAUUAUUAUUAUUAAACAAUAAAUUUGUGAAAAUAGAAUUUUAUUAUUAUGAUGUCGUAAAACUAACAGGGUAUGUUUCCAGGAAACAUUUAACUUGUUUCUGCACCUUAAUUAGCUUGUUGCUAGUUUUCUUUUAUAUAUAUA